GAUUGGAUCCUGAAAAUGUUAAAAGGCUAAAAAGCUGGCCACGGGACGGGAGGAGUAUUCACACUGUGAAGAAAUGAGGUUGCAGGUGGGAUCUCGCCGGAGGCGACUAUCUCUCCGCCGUGCACUCGUCGCUACUGCAGCUUUCACAGUCUUCGGACUGUUGAUCCUAACUUUGAGGUCCGUCGAUCCGUCCACUCAGCUUCCAAUCACCACCUCUGAAAACGUGGAUGAUAAGCCAGCUGAUACAAAUCUCCACUCCGAUGCUCAACCACUCAAAACAUGCACAACCGUGGAGGAGAUGGGUGAGGUGUUUAGCCCCGGGUUUUCGGAGGAAAGUUACAGAGUGAGGAAAAUCAUCGAAAGUCACUUUGCUAUAAAUGGUGCUUCCAGAGUUCGAGCGCUUCCGCCGGAGAAGUUCUGCAGACAUGGUUUUGUGUUGGGCAAAGCGUCAGAAGCAGGUUUUGGUAAUGAGAUGUACAAAAUCUUAACUGCCGGAGCACUGAGCGUGAUGUUGAACCGGUCGUUGAUAAUUGGGCAAUCCAGGGGUAGAUUUCCUUUUGAGGAUUUCAUCUCUUACUCCAAUCUUACCUUCACAUUGAAAGAAAUCAAGCACCUUUGGAGACAGAAUGGUUGUCUGACCAAAUAUGGGAGGCAUCUUGUUAUCAGAAUUGAUGAUUUCCAGAAGCCAGCACGAACUAAUGUCCUGUGUAGCAAUUGGAGGGUCUGGGAACAACCUAUUAUCUGGUUCCAGAAUACCACGGAUGCUGUGUCUGCUCAAUUUUUCUUGAAGAAUGUACAUGAUGAGAUGAGGAUAGCUGCUUCUGAUUUAUUUGGGAAACCAGAUGACCUUCACCAUAGGCCUAACGUAUUUGGGGAGCUAAUGAGACUUCUCAUAUCUCCAUCAGAGAAUAUUCAACAUGCUGUGAACUGGGCAUUAAGAGGUGGUGCUGACCCUGAUAUUGCUCUACACAUGCGGAUGCUUAUGAAUAGGUCCAUUAAAGCAGUUCAAGCAGCCUUUUCUUGCAUCAGAAAAUCUGUGGAAAAUCUAAAACUAAUGUCCAAGCCUAUAGUAGUUUUAGUUUCAGAUAAUCCUUCUCUGGUCAAAGAUAUUGCUCCAGACUUGCAUCAGUUUGCAGAAGUCCUUCACUUUGAUUUCAAACGCUUCAAAGGAAAUAUAUCUGGCAACUCAAAUUUCCGUACUCAAGAUUUUAGAACAAAGGAUUGGGGUACAGCUCCAAGAUGGGUGGCAUUUGUCGAUUUCUUUCUUGCUUCACGUGCAAAACAUGCGGUUAUCUCUGGGGCUCACCGGCGUGUUGGGACCACGUUUGCUCAGCUGGUUGCAGCGUUGGCUGCAGCUAACAGCCUUGAAGAAGAUAGAUCCUCUGCUGGAUCAAACUUCACCUUCUUCAGUAGCUUCCAGAGUAACUUGCUUGCAGAAGGUCUAAAGAAUCAGAUUGGUUGGGGGCAUGUGUGGAACCGAUUUGCUGGUACGUUAAGCUGCCACAACCAAUCAAAGCAAUGUGCUCGUACUCCAAUUCUUCCUCCUGCAUGGUGGGAUGGACUUUGGCAGUCGCCUAUUCCACGAGAUGUACACAGAAUGGAAGCAUAUGGCAUCCGUCUUUCUGGUUUCGGGACAUUUAAUGACAAUCAGCUACACUCUUUCUGUAGUUCGAAGAAAAAAUCUGUGCUCACCAUUCCAUUAAUCUAGAUAUAUUGCUGUCUACGUUCAUUGGGAGAUUUCUCCUAGUUAGGCUGAUUUUAUUUUGGCAUUCAGCUAUUGUUUUCAAAUGAUUGUACACAAAUUGAGCUGAUGAUUUGUGGAAUGCAUGGUGGAAAAGUUGUUGUA